CAAUUCUUUUACGAUAUGGUGAUAGCUUUUGUGGUUGCUUUGAUAAAUUCGUUACUUGUUGCAUUGAUACUUCAUGUAAGUGGCCAAAUCGAUAUUAUGCAACAAGAUUUAAUCGAAAUUUCUAACGGGAAAUACGAUCGCAGCACAUUUCUACCUGUUAUUAAAAGUCUCAUUUGCAAACAUCAGAAGAUUAUUACUUUAUCAGAAAAUAUUGAAAAUCUAUAUACUCAUAUUGCACUUAUGCAAGUUCUGUGGAAUACAUUGGUUAUGUGCUGCACUGGUUUUGUGAUUGUAAUUGUCAUUAGUUCUGGCGAAGAUAUUUCGAAUUUGAUCAAGUCCGUGAGCUAUUAUCUUGCAAUAAUUCUGGAGGUUUUCGUAUAUUGUUUUGCAGGAGAAUUUUUAAGUGCCAAAAGUAAGUCGAUUGGCGACGCAGUAUACGAGUCACUUUGGUACAAUAUGCCGCCGAAUGAGAGCCAGAUUAUACUGUUUAUGAUUUUACGAUGUCAGAAACGAUUGACGAUCACUGCAGGAAGAGUCAUUGAUUUGACUUUAGAAGGAUUUACAAGUAUCAUGAAGGCUUCUGUCUCGUAUAUAUCAGUAUUACAUGCAAUGUACUAAAAUCAGAAAAAUGUUAGACAAUUAGAACUUAUCAUCCCGUAUAGUUUUAUCAAUAGUUAGUCCUCAUUAUUGUUGAUUAAAUGGGGUAGCACAAAUUAUGAAUCAUAUAAAGUCGUUAAAAAUUAUUCUUACUGAAAUUGAAUUCAUAGAAUAACUAUGCUAUUGAUGACAAUUAAUUCAUAUAAAGUGACUUUUCACAUAAAGUUAUAAAAAAAAUCGUCAUAUUUGGAGAAU